UCAUGAGACGCACGCGCAAGAAAGCGAGGUGUCCAGUGAUUUCCGGGAAAAAAUUUAAACUGUUCGUAAAAACAAAAUAACAAAAGUGAAUCUUUGUCAAAAACCUAAAAUUUUAACAAAUUCUCGAUAAGCUGGUUGCAGUAGAUAACUAAUUAUCAAACCGAUUGUGUAAUUUAAGACAUUUAACAAUUGGAACAUUUGUAUUUAACUUAUCAGUUAGUUGAAAACGUUUCAACGAUAUACAAUAAAAUACGGAAAACUCCAAUGUCAACAAAUUAAUUAAAAAGUAAUAUUGUGUUAAGAAACGGAAGUAAAAUGACGUUAAAAGUAGAAAAGGAAUUUAAGCCGAGUGAAACGAGACGUAUAGUGAAGAAUGUGGUCAUCAUCAGUUUGGCGUUUAUGGUGCACUUCACGGCGUAUAGUGGUGCUGCAAAUCUCCAAAGCUCCAUCAACGCCGAGGAGGGUCUUGGUAUGAGUUCGCUGGCGGCUGUCUACGCGGGACUCAUUUUAUCCAAUAUAUUCCUUCCAACGGCCGUAAUAAAGUGGUUAGGCACAAAAUGGGCGAUAUCUCUCUCGUUUGUGACCUAUAUGCCGUUUAUAGCUGCACAAUUAUGGCCGUCAUUCUACACAAUGAUACCAGCAGGGCUGUGUGUCGGUCUUGGAGGCGGACCCCUUUGGUGUGCGAAGUGUACCUAUUUAUCUGUGGUAUCUGAGGUUCAUAGCAAGUUAUCAAACAUAAAAGCGGAAGCAGUGUUGACGCGAUUCUUUGGUCUAUUCUUCAUGAUAUUCCAGUUUAAUCAAGUUUGGGGAAAUCUUAUCUCGUCGCUUGUGUUGUCUUCGGGCGACAAUCACGCUGCUGUGACUGCAAUCAACGCGACCAUGAUCCCAGAAAUCUGUGGAGCGAAUUUCUUGCCCAGCGCUGAUGCUGCAGAGGCCUUACAGCGGCAGCCUUAUGAGAAAAUUCAGCUCUUAUCUGGCAUAUAUCUGGCGUGCAUGGCGACUGCAGCCAUAAUUGUUGCAAUCGGGGUAGACUCUAUGAAGAGAUACGACACUGGUCGUGCUAUCAAAGUAAUGGGAGGCGUUGAAAUGCUCAUGGCGACACUCAAGCUAUUAGUGGAGCCCAAGCAGAUUAUGCUGAUAACCAUCAUGGUCUUCACCGGAUUGCAGCAGGCUUUCUUCGGAGCUGAUUUCACAGCGUCAUUCGUGUCAUGCGCAGUCGGCACUGGAACAGUUGGCUAUGUGAUGCUGACCUUUGGUAUUGCUGAUGCUAUAGGAUGCUUUGUUACUGGAUAUAUCGCUAAGAUAACAGGGCGGCUACCUCUGAUCUGCGUAGCUACUGUAGUUCAUAUGGCCCUUGUGGCCACAAUACUGCUGUGGAAGCCUCAAGCAAAUAUGAGCUAUGUGAUGUACAUAAUCGCUGUGCUGUGGGGACUCUGUGAUUCCGUCUGGCUUGUCCAGAUUAAUGCAUUCUUUGGAAUCCUUUUCCCCGGAAGAGAAGAAGCUGCUUUUUCAAACUUCCGCCUCUGGGAAUCUGUCGGCUAUAUCAUAGCCUACGUGAUUUCGCCCCAUCUCCGUACGAGUUCCAAAGCCUAUCUCCUUGGGACCGCAAUGCUUGUCGGCGUUUUUCUGUACUUCAUAGUGGAAUUCCAAUUGAAGAAGGAAAGAGACGAGAAGAAAAGAGAAGAGAAGAAAACCAAAGAGCCUGAGAAUGGUUUAGAUAAUAAGGCGUUCACUAUUGCAGAAUAAAACAGUUCUGCUGUCAAGUAUUUUUAAUAAUUAAUGGUCCAAAUGGGUUAAAUUUAUAAUAUAAUUUAUUAUGUUGCAAAUAUUAACUUUAUUUUAUCUCUUUUAUGUCUUUUCUUUCUUCUUUUUGCAAUCUUUAUUCUUUGUGCAACCAUGCUAUACUCUGUGGCUGGCUAUUGUAUAUACACCGUUUUAUAGUCUGUGACUGUAACGAUCCAGAGUAAUAAGACAAUAAACAAAGUUUUUCAUUAAUGAUUGCGCCAUAAUUUUUUUUGAAAUUCUAAAUUUGACGUGAGAUGUGUGUAAUAUGACUUCUGUUUUAUAUUACUUUUAAAAAAUUUAGAAAUAAUAACAGUUUUUUUUAUACUUAUGAAAUACUUAAUGACGCAGACCCGUGUAAUUUAUUAUUAAUAUAAAUACAUAACGUAACGGCGGCCGUGAUAUUAUUUUUUUUUAAUAAAUAAGUAGGUGGUCAGACUUUUGUACCUGUGUCGAUUUUUAGGUCUAAGGCAUGCCGGUUAUUGGAUGUUCUGCUUACGUAAAAGCAAGUGGUAAUUGUGCACAUAAAAUAAAUGUGCAGCUGUCAUUCGAACACAUGACCUCAAGGUUGACGGUUUCUCAAGCAACUGGGCUAACAGUGUGAAGAAAAGAGCAGAUUAUAUAAAACUUAAAUGAAGAAUUAAAUGUAGAUGAACAUAAACUCUGUGUCAUGAGAAAUAAAUAUUUUUAACAUAGGCGGUAUGAAAAAGAUUAAUUAAAUGGACCGGCUACAGUUCUGAUUACAUUAUAUAUAAAUCUUGUGUACGUGUGUUCAUGUAGAUUAUAAUGUUUUAGAUUUACAUUAUUUUAUUUGUCUUUAUGUGUGGACUGGGGCCUAUCGUGUCGGGCUAGUAGUCAAAAUUUACAAAAUUUUUUUAUUUUUUUUAUUAGGUCUAUUAAAACCUAGUUUUAAGCGUUAUUAUCUAUUACAAAUUGUAUUACCAUAUUAUUAACUAUUUGAAGUGCGAUACAUGUUUGUGAUGAAUAAUUAUUGUUAUUAAGUUAUUUUUAGGUAAUGUUGUGUAAGUUAUUUAAACAUAUAGUUCUAUGUGUAACGUAGCAAGUUGUUCGAUUCAUAUACAUACGCAACUUGACACAUUCCUGUCGUGUGUUAAUAUUAUAAAUUCUAAUGCAGACAGAAAAUAAUAGUAUUAUAAUUUUUUAUGAAAUUUACAUACAUAGAACAUAUUAUUUAUGACAUAUGAUAAUUGUUUAAAAGAUAUAUUUAUUUGAUAAAAGUAUUUACAUUUAAUACAUUACCGGUAUUAUUUUAACAGAUAACACCCUUCAUUAUAAAAAUGAAUCCAAUUUAACUAUAUCGUCUCUUUCUGUCAAAUUAUCUGUAUGUUGUGUCGAAAAGAGACAGUUAUAGUUUUACGAUUGAUUUGAACAUAUAUAAGCUGUUUAUUGAUUAGUUAUAGUCUGUGUGAUGUUCGGAAUGUUUUUCUGAAAAGUAAAGUUUAAAGUUCAAAAUAUUUAUAUUUCUUUGAAAGUUAUAUUUUAUUAAACUAAUUGUAAGUAAGUGUGUAUCUAA